AUGUCUACUCCCUGGCGGCUCCUGGCUGGGAUUCUGGGGGUCCUGGCCCUGGCCCUCAUGGUAUCCGUGCUAGCACUGGGGGUCCUGCUGGCAAAAAACUCUUCUUACCAGCGACCUGAGAGCUCUGUUGCAGUUCCCAACAUCACAUCCCAAAGAGGAUGCUAUUCUGGUUCUUGCCCAGAGAACUGGAUCUGGAGCCGAGGGAACUGUUAUUACAUUUCUACCAAAACCAAGACUUGGCCAGAGAGUCAAACUGCCUGUAGAAGUAUGAAUUCCAGUCUCCUGAAGAUAGAAGACAGGGAGGAGCUACAAGAUUUUCUGAAACUUCUGGUGAACUAUUAUUGGAUUGGACUGUCUCUGAGCAGUCCUGAUGGACCCUGGCUGUGGGAGGAUGGAUCUGGUCUCUCCCAAGACCUGCUAUCUGUGCAAGACCAGUUCUCUAGAGGAAGAUGUAUUUAUUAUGGAUUGCAAGAUAAUUUCUCAUCUGAAAAAUGUACCCAUAAAACAUUUUAUAUUUGUGAGCUAAUAGCUAUAUGGGAUUAA